AUGGAACAAAAAAUUCCUUUAACUUUAACAUCAGAAAAUUCAUAUAAUCAUCCAAUUCAUUCUUCAAAAAGUGAAACAUCAUAUAAAUGGGUUCGUUACAUUGUUGGCUAUGUUACAAUAACAUCAAUAUUUGGUUUAAUAGUUUUUCUAAUAAUGUUAGGUAUUCCAAUAAGUAUGCUUGUUAUUGGUAUUCGUUAUUGUAGACCAUAUUAUUGUCCAAUUGAACCUCGUAUAAGUCUAUUUUUAAUUGUUGCUGGAUCUGCUUUCAUUGGAUCGAUUAUUCUGAUAAUUCUUUUGUCAUUAUUAACAAUAUUUAUUUCUUAUAAAAGUUCAAUAAUGACAAUGAUUAGUUU